AAUGUAAGAUGUGGCAAUUGAGCAUCCUCUAAAGAAAACGAUGGUCUCUUUUGUUCCAUAAAGAUUUCUCUCUCUCACCUGGUCUCUUGAUCACCACAUAAACACACCGAAACAAAAACCCAUGAAACAAAAACAAGAAAUUUCUUCACUCUUCGUCUCCAUCAUGAAAUUACCAUUAUAUAUAGGUCUCUUUGUAUACAUUCGACGCCAAUUCAACAAAAGAAAACCAGAUAAAGAUCCAUAAAUUCACCUAAUGGCCUCAACCUCCUCUUCCUCUGUUAAUCAUUUGCUCCGCCCUAUUCAUCAUCGUACCUUAUUAAUUCCUAAAUCCCCUUCUCCUUUUAAGUAUACCCACUUAAGUUCUUCCCUCCGAUACCCGUCUUUAAGAAUUCGAGCGACUUCCGACCUCGUUGCUACAGUAUCGGAAGCAAUCACUCAACUUCAAGAUUUAGGCGAACGUGAUUUGUUCUCAUGCCCUGUGUGUUUCGAACCACUUACAAGAAAAGGUCCUCCAGGUUUCAAUUUGCCAGCAAUCUAUCGAUCUGGUUUCAAAUGUGGAAAGUGCAAUAAAUCAUAUUCAAGUAAAAACAUGUAUCUUGAUCUUACUGUAAUUGCUGGAGCAAAAGAUUAUGUUGAAAUUCAACCAUCUCGUACUGAGUUAUUUCGGAGUCCAUUGGUUUCAUUUUUGUAUGAACGAGGAUGGCGUCAAAAUUUUAACCUUAGUGGCUUUCCUGGCCCAGAUGAAGAGUUCAACAUGGCUCAAGACUACUUCAAACCAACAGAAGGUGGAACUUUAGUAGAUGUUAGUUGUGGAAGCGGUUUAUUUUCCCGCAAGUUUGCAAAAUCAGGAAUUUACUCAAAAGUCAUCGCUCUUGAUUUUUCUGAAAAUAUGCUCCGUCAAUGUUAUGAUUUUAUAAAACUUGACGAUACAAUUUCAAGCUCAAAUCUUGCACUAGUAAGGGCAGAUGUUUCCAGGCUUCCAUUCUCAUCAGGUUCAAUUGAUGCAGUUCAUGCUGGUGCGGCUUUGCAUUGUUGGCCAUCCCCUUCGAAUGCAAUUGCAGAAAUUAAUCGUAUAUUACGAAGUGGCGGUGUGUUUGUUGGGACAACAUUUCUACGAUCAACUUCAUCAACUCCUGCAAUACUAAGGCCUUUUGACCGGAGGAUUUCUGGGAAUUAUAAUUAUUUAACAGAAGAAGAGAUAGAGGACUUGAUCAAAUCAUGUGGUUUUACAAACUACACAAGCAAAGUUCAGCAAGCUUUCAUUAUGUUUUCUGCACAGAAGCCAUGAAAGUCAAGCCUAGAAUAUUAAAAGUCAAUAUUAAUACUUUUCAGAUUGUAUAAAUAUUUGAAGUUCUUAUUGAUUUACCAUGAUAGAAGGUUGUGAAAGACAA